CCAGCACAAACACAAGUUUUUUCUUCAAUCAAUGUCUCUCCAAGUUACAUUCAGACAGAUGGUUCAUUUUGAAUGCAAAUCUUGGAUUUAUCCCAAUCAUUUAACUCAAAAAGCAAGGAUUUUUUUCUCAAACACUUGUUAUCUUCCAAGCCAAACACCAAAUAGUCUGCUGCAACUAAGGAAACAAGAACUUGAUACCUUGAGAGGAGAUGGAACUCCAGGGAGAACUAGAGAAUGGCAUCGGGUUUAUGACUACGAUUUCUAUAAUGAUCUCGGUGAUCCUCAGCGAGGGGAAAGGCCAGUUUUAGGAGGUUCAGUUUCUUAUCCGUAUCCAAGGAGAGGAAAAACUGGUGAACCACAUAUUCAUUCAGAAAAUGAGAAGGGGAUGUUCAAGAUAGACAAUUGUAUCCCUCCAGAUGAAAGAUUUAGCCCCGAGAAGCUAUCAGAGUUUGCGAAGAAAGUUAUCCAGGCCACCUUGCACUAUGUCGUUUCUCAGGGGGAAUCAGUGUUAAGAGAAGAAACCAACCAAUUCAAGUCAUUCAAUGAGAUCAAAGAGCUAUUUUCGGGAAAGAAAAACCAAGUGGUGCAAGAAUGGAUGAUAAGGAAACUGGAAACUCAUCUAGCAAAAGAGAUUUUCAAGGAGACUGAACGUGGAAUCAAAGAUUACACAGCGAAGUUUCCAAUGCCUCAGUUAUUUGCAGGGAACGAACUUGCAUGGAAGGAUGAUAAGGAGUUUGGACGCCAAAUGCUUGCAGGAAUUAAUGCAACUCUAAUUCAGUGUUUGCAGGCUUUUCCACCAAGAAGCAAGAAUGGAAUAUGGAGUUCAAUAAGAAGAUCGCACAUAGAACAUAACCUUGAUGGGCUCACUCUUCAAGAGGCAAUGAACCAAUGGAGGAUUUUCAUCUUGGACCACCAUGACUACCUCAUGCCAUUUUUGGGACAAAUAAACAAAAAUGGUGUAUGUGCAUAUGCAUCCAGAACUCUGCUAUUCUUAAAGGACGAUGCCACGCUAAAGCCACUGGCAAUAGAACUAAGUUUACCAGGGCUUUCACCUGGCACUGAGAUCCACAGGGUAUUUCGUCCAGGGACCAAUGGAUCAGAGGCAGCCUUAUGGCAGCUUGCUAAAGUUCAUGUGGCAGUAAACGACUCUGGUUAUCAUCAGCUAAUCAGCCAUUGGCUAAAAACUCAUGCAGUUGUAGAGCCAUUCAUUAUUGCCACCAGAAGGCAGUUGAGUGUUAUGCACCCGAUUCACCGGUUAUUGGAUCCUCAUUUCAAGGACACUAUGCAUACUAAUGCAUUGGCUCGGAUUACGGUCUUAAAAGCUGGAGGAAUCUUCGAGAAGACCCUUUAUUCUGGAGAAGCAUCUAUGGAGCUAUCUUCUUCACUCUAUAAGGAAUGGAGAUUUGAUGAACAAAGCCUCCCUGGUGAUUUGGUGAAAAGAGGUUUGGCUUUCCAGAACUCAGAAUGCCUGGCUGGCAUUCAGCUUCUCUUUGAAGAUUAUCCAUAUGGUGCAGAUGGACUAGAAAUUUGGGUAGCAACCAAGAGAUGGGUAACAGACUUUUGUCGAUAUUUCUACAAGGAUGAUAAUUCCCUGAGAUCUGACCAUGAGAUCCAAGAAUGGUGGUCAGAGAUAAGGAAAAUUGGUCAUGGAGACAAGUGUAACGAAACAUGGUGGAGCUCAAUGACUACCGUCUCUGACCUAGUAGAGGCUCUCACAACCCUUAUAUGGAUUUCCUCAUGUCUUCAUGCUUCAGUUAACUUUGGACAAUAUGAAUAUGCGGGUCAUCCACUAAAUCGCCCAACCAAAUGUCGGAAUUUCAUCGCGAUGGAAGGGACAAGAGAGUAUGCAGAGUUUCUCCAUGACCCAGACAAGUUCUUUCUCAAAAUGUUACCCAACAGGUCUGAGAUUACCCUAUAUUUGGCGUUAUUAGAGAUACUGUCAGCGCAUACAUCUGAUGAAGUAUACUUGGGUCAACGACAAUCUCCAAACUGGAUAGAUGACGUAUGGGUAAAGCAAAGGUUUGAGCAAUUUGCCGAGGAACUUAACGAAGUGCAUAAAAGGAUAGUGGAGAGAAAUGCAGAUUCCAAACUUAAGAACAGACGGGGGCCGUCCACUAUCCCGUACAAGCUUCUGGACCCUACAGUCUCCAAUAUUAAAUCAGGUCAGGGUAUCACAGCAAUAGGGAUACCUAAUAGCAUAUCCAUGUAAUCAUUAUUAUAAAAUAUCUGUCGAAGUGUGUCUCAUCAAGUCUCUUGUAUCAGUGAGUGUAAAAUACUUGCUUAAAAAGAAAAGGAAAGAUGGAAGAGUCUUAACCAUGUCA